CUCACUUGGUCUCCCUUUCUUUCUGCUUGUCUUCUCUUUAGUAGUUUUGUUUCAGGUCUUCAGUCCUUACCUCCUGUCUUUAUCUACACCUUAUCUUUUUUACCUUAAUUCUUUCGGAAGCCACAAAUUCUCUCAACGGUCAUUCUUUCACCAUGGCUGAAAAGAGUCGUAUGCUAACAAGAAGAGAAAAUGAGUCUGCUGAAAUGAGCAAGGAUGUAAAGGAGGUGAAGAAUGAAGGACAGCAGGGAGAGCAGGCAGUGGAUAAUGGAGAGGUCCCAUCAGCUGAGGCUGCGGCCACCAAUGGUGCAGUGGCUAACAGUCCGAAUGGAGAUUUUCAGGUGGAGCCAAUGGAACUACCUCCAUUUGAAAUCAUCAGUGGGGACCGGAUUGAUCCCUUUGCCUUUAAGUUCCAGUUUAAAAAUGUGGAAUAUUCCUCAGGCCGCAACAAGACCUUCCUGUGUUACCUGGUGGAUAAAGGGAACACAACUAAUGGGCUACUGAGAGGCUAUCUGGAGGAUGAGCAUACUGGGCCUCAUGCUGAAGAAGCCUUCUUCAUACAGUGUCUGCCGAACUACGACCCUGCACUCAAAUACACAGUCACCUGGUAUGUGUCCUCCAGUCCAUGCUCUGCUUGUGCAGCAAAGAUAGCUGAAGUGCUGAAGGCCAGGAAAAACGUCAAGCUGAGCAUCUUUGCUGCUCGACUGUUUGAGUGGGAGGAAACAGAGAUCCAGGCCGGACUGAAGGCCCUUCACGCCGCUGGCUGUAAACUGAGGGUGAUGAAGCCCCUGGACUUCUCCUACACCUGGGACACAUUUGUUGACAACGAGGACCAACCUCUGAACCUGUGGGAGGACUGCAAAGAAAACUAUGAGUAUUACCAAGAGAAGCUGGCUGAUAUUCUACAGUGAUUGCAGAAUCAAAUUGGGAAUGUCUUCACCCCCAGUCAUCAUCAUUACUUCUUUACAGAUGACUCAUAUUGAUGUUAUUGUUGUUGGUUGAUAAUGAUACAUAUUCAUAGUGCAUAUGAAUCUGACAGUAGAACAGCCAUGUGUGUAUAAGUGUGUGUGAUGCCUUUGUUUUUGUGUGUUUAUGAAUGCUGCAAUCAGACUUUCUGUGCCAUGGUGAAAGACUUUCCCCACAACAUCUGACAGCAAUCCCCAAUCUGACUUCCUGUGUGUGUGACAGACAGCCAGAGGGGUAUUCCAGGUAAGAGGUUCAACAAACUCCAAGUCUAAUCCUGAACUCUGAGUUGACUUACCCUGAGCUGGGAAACUGAGUAUCCUGUUCCAGAACAGCUGAUUUGAAUUAGUUCAAUCAACUCUGAGUAUGCACACCUUGAGUUAAGCAUGUGCACAACCACAAUAAAAAGCCAUCAUCAGUGGAGUCCCAAUACCUCGAUUCACCAUGGCAACCGGAGAGAAAAAGCGAUCAACUUAUUUUACACCUGUGGAAUUGGAGGUGCUCAUGAAUGCCUACAGCGAAUAUGAGCAUAUAUUUCAUAAAAAAAGUAACACUGCUAAAGCUGCCAAGGAGAGAGAGGUGGCAUGUGAAAUUUAGCAAGCAGAGUUGGCUUGAUGGGAUGUUGGUGGCUUAGUGGAUAGAGCAGGCGUUCCAUAUAUGUUGGUUUUGCCGCAGCGGCCCGGGUUCAACUCCGGCCUGUGGCACCUUGCUGCAUGUCACUCCCUUUGUCUCUCUCUCCCUUUCACGCGUAACUGUCCUGUCAAGGACCCCCCCCCAAAAAAUAUUAAAAAAGAAUCCUUGCUAAUUUCGGCAGCUAUUUUAAGCACAUAUAGAUGGUUGAUGACUUAUUUGAAAUUUGAAUCCUUUAAAAACUACCAUACCCAAGAACCCCCCCCCCCCCCCCUUCGCCACCCAGCAAAUAUCUCACUCUGAACUGACACCAAAACUUGAGAGCCCUGCCAUUAAUUUACAUUUAACCACAUUUAAUUAAAAUUGGAGCAUACAGGUGAAAAAGUGGUGGAGUGGUUUUGAAUAAAAAAAUAUUUUAAUGUAGGUGCAAUCUCACAGGGGAAAAACACACUUGAAAGCAACUUUAAAUUAAAUAUAAAAAUAUCAUUCAAACAAGUAAGGCAUAUUUGACUUGGCCAUGACUGUACCUUUCUUUAGUUUUAUUCAUAUUUGAUUUAUUAAACAAAGUAGCUUAAAUAACCUGUCAUUCAGUGGCUAUUUCAUUAUAUACUGUAGGCCACCAAUAUCAUAUAAAAAGCUACCGUUCACAAAAAAACGUAGUGCGAUGCACAUUUGCUCUGAUGAGAGCACACGUCUGCGGUGUGUCAGAUUUGAUAUGCGUGGCCGGAGAAUGUUGUUGAGGUAAAUGAUUGAGUCAAAUGAAAAACAGUACGGUUCAAACAGAUAUUCACUGGGGAAUGACAGCACAUCUAAACGGGGUCUGAAGAUCCCCUCCCGGCAUAAGGCAUUGUUAAUUAAUUCUGCCUCGAUAUCGAUAGGAUUUCCUACAUACGGACAACCCAUGUCUGUCUGCCAGCUUGCUUCAGGCUCAGCAGUAGGGAGGAGACAGGGUGAACUCAGGGUUUCUUAUAGAAAACCUGCCAGCGAGCAGGUUAGGUUCACAGAGAGUCAGUUGCCAUGGUGAUUGACUCUGAGUUUGAAUUACCUCUCUGUCUGGAACUGAAAACCCAGAGUUUCCCUCAUUUCAGGGUUAACAUACUCAGAGUUUUCACUAAACCUGCUUUCUGGAAUACCCCCCAGGUCUGUUGUACCUUGUGUUGAGAUUAGCAGUGUGAGAAAGUGAUGGGAUUAAAAAGGCUGUGUUAAGUCUUUAGUCUUCUGCUUGUCACUCUGUACAUUGUGACAGUUAAAUUAAAAAACUGACACAUAUCUGUUUACAUGGUCGAAUUGACCAACAUACAAUUAAUCUGGGAAUUUUUAGGCACCAUGGGCUCUUAGGCCCAGGCCGAAUUUAGCCUUUUGUGUUUAGAGUACAUCAUCUGUAUACAUCCAAAUAUGAUAUCUGUAUUUUCUUCCUGCCACCUGUCCUCCUCUCUGUGCUCUCACUAAU